GAAGCGGGGCAUCAAUAACGUGCGAAUCAUCACAGCAGACAUGAACACUUUUCAGGCAGAGGGCACCUUCGAUAGAGUGGUGUCUGUUGAGAUGUUUGAGGUGAGUAAGACGGCACAUGAAGAAUCACCAGCUGCUGCUGGAGAUGGUGGCUUCAUGGAUAGUAGCUUCACACAUGAAGAACUACCAGCUGCUGCUGAAGAAGGUGGCUUCAGUAUACCUCAUUCUGUCUAUCACAAGCCUUUGGUUUUACUCAUCGGCAUGUCUCUUAUACCCUCCCUCCCCCUUCCUCACUUACAGCACAUGAAGAACUACCAGCUGCUGCUGAAGAAGCACAUGAAGAACUACCAGCUGCUGCUGAAGAAGGUGGCUUCCUGGAUGAAGCCAGAGGCGCUGCUCUUCAUUCACAUCUUCACACACAAGGACUUUGCAUACCACUUUGAGGAUGCGGGGCCUGACGACUGGAUGACUCGCUACUUCUUCACGGGGGGCACGAUGCCGGCCGACAAGCUGCUGCUCUACUUCCAGGACGACCUGAGCAUCGCCAACCACUGGUGCCUGAACGGCACUCAUUACCAGCGGACUAGUGAGGCGUGGUUACGCAACUUUGACGCCAACAUUGUGAAGCUCCGGCCGAUCCUAGCGGAGACGUACGGCAAGGAAGCGGCGACCAAGUGGACGGUGUACUGGCGCACAUUCUUCAUUGCCGUGGCUGAGCUCUUCGGCUACUCCAAGGGACAAGAGUGGAUCGUUUCCCACUACCUCUUCCAGAAGAAGCAAGCAUAA